CGGUGCUCCGGCCAUGGCGGCGCGGGGCCGCUGUCCCGAGUGCGGCUCGGCGGCGCUGGUGGAGGACGCGCUGUACGCGCAGCAGCAGCUGGUGUGCGCUGCCUGCGGCUGUGUGCUGGCCGAGGGGCUGCUCACCACCACCUACAGCGACGAGGAGCAUCUGCGGGAGGUCGCCUAUUCCCAGAGCACCGGGCAGAAGGAGCAGCAGAGCCGCUGCCUGCAGCGAGGGAUCCGGCGCGUCCAGGACCUSUGCAAAGUGCUGCAGCUGCCGGCAGCGUUUGAGGAGACGGCCGUGUCCUAUUUCCAGCGGGCUCUGCAGCUCCCYGCCUUCCACCUGGUCAGUCUGGACAAGAAGGAGCUGCUGGGGGGCUGCUGCGUGCUGGUGACGUGCCGCCAGCACAACUGGCCCCUGACCAUGGGCACGGUGUGCUCGCUGCUCUACGCCAGGCAGGAGCUGUUUGCCAGCGUCUUCCUGAGCCUGCAGAAGGAGCUGGGGCUGUCUGUGCCCGCCCUGAGCCUGGCAGACCUGGUGACAACGCACCUCAGCAGUUUCCGGCUGUUCCAGCCUGCUGCCAAUGUCCCUGCACCGUUCCAGGAGGACAAGGAGAAGCUGCUGGCCCGGACCAUGGCCAUYGUGGAGCUGGCCAGCCAGACGUGGCUGGUGACCGGCCGCCACCCCGUGCCCAUCGUCACGGCUGCAGCAUUCCUGGCCUGGCAGUCCCUGCAGCCCGGCCCGCGCCUCUCGUGCCCCCUGGCACGCUUCUGCCGCCUGGCAGGGGUGGAUCUGCCACCCCCAGCCCACCUGAGGCUGAAGGAGCUGCUGGAAAUCCUGCUGGGCAUGGCCUCCCAGCUGUCCUGGCUGCGUGCCUUCCGCCUGGACAAGAGGACGGUGGUGAAGCACCUCGGGGACCUCCUGCAGCACCGCGUGUUCCUGCUGAGAAACGCCUUCAGGCAGCAGGAUGGGGAGGAGCAGCACGGCACGGCCCAGGGUGCCACAGGACAGGAGAGCCCAGGAAAGAGCUCCACAGGACAGGAGAGCCCGGGACAGGAGUGCCCAGGACAGGAGUGCCCAGGACAGGAGAGCCCAGGACAGGAGAGCCCGGGACAGGAGAGCCCGGGACAGGAGAGCCCAGGACAGGAGAGCCCAGGAAAGAGCUCCACAGGACAGGGCUCCACGGAUAAGGACUGCCCAGGCCAGGACUCCACGGGCCAGGACUGCCCAGGCCAGGCCUCCAUGGUCCAGAACUCCCUGGAUAAGGACUCCCUAGGCCAAGACUCCUCGGAUAAGGACUGCCCAGGCCAGGCCUCCAUGGGCCAGAACUCUCUGGAUAAGAACUGCCCAGGCCAGGACUCCUCAGGCCAGGAGUCUGCAGUCCAGGACUCCCCGGAUAAGGAUUCCCCAGGCCAGGGCUCUGCCAUUGCCCCUCCAGUGGCACAGAAAAGCUGUCCCUCAACACUGAAGCCCCAUGGUGGGGGCACCCUGAGGCCCCUGCUGCCCCCCUGCCUCCUCCACCCCAGGAAGAAGCUGCGGCUGGCAGCUCCAAACACCCCGGACUCRGCCCCCACGGGCGAUGAGCCCAUCUCAGACAGCGAAAUCGAGCAGUACCUGCGCAGCCCCGAGGAGAUCCGCGCCCUCAGGAAGGCCAAGGCCUGGCUCUGAAGGUGGCCGUGCCCACAGGAUGCUGCUGCCAGGUUUUGAGACCAAAAGUGUGAAGCUCACCAGGGACAGAGUGAUUCCCUUGCCCAGGGAAGGGAGCAGGCUGGGUCCUCCUUAAUGUCUGCACCAAAAUGGGGCUUUUUAUGGAGUGAUUGCUCCAAGUCACGUUACAUUUCUGUUAUAAAUAAAUAAAAAUGCAGGUGCCCAGGUUUUCCAGGGCAGCCUCACCUUGGACUUCUCAUUCUUCAGCAGAAUGGCUUUGUGAGGGUCAAAAAACUGCAGGCCAGGCUGUGUUUGAACAUUAA